AUCGGUUUCCUGAAGAUCAUGCACAAGUAUGAGAUCACGUUCACGCUUCCUCCACUGCCCAGACUGGGGAGGGACGUGUGCGCCGUCCCCAUCCCCAACCUGCACCUCAAAGUCCUGAGUAUGACUCCUGUUUCUGAAGGCUUCUGCGUGAAGUGUGAAUACAUCGCCCACAAGGAAGGUGUCCUCAAGGAAGAGCUGGUGCUAGCCUCUGAGACCAGUGACAAUACCACCAUUCGAGUGGUGCUUCAGGCCAGAGUCAUGGACCGGCACCAUGGCACCCCAAUGCUCUUGGAUGGUGUGCGCUGCGUGGGCGCGGAGCUAGAAUACGACUCGGAACAGAGCGACUGGCGUGGCUUUGACUAAGGACCCCCAUCCUGCCUCCCUCUGCUCCUCAGCUCUUCCCCUGUCCCCACCUUCCCCGAUGGAGCAGCUGCUUGGGGGGAUCUCCUUUCUGCCCCUGGACUGGAUGAUUUGCUACUUGGAAGGGGGAGAGAGGACCAGGAAGGACCUGGGGCCCAGGUGGAGAGGAACCUCUGGUGUCUCCCUUCCCUGAGCCAGGAGGGUCCUGGGGUAGGGGCCCCCCCAUCCCUUCAGCCUUAAAUUCCAGCCAGAUUUGUCUCAGUCUGUGUUGCCUGCUGCCCCUUGCAGGGCCCAGUGUCUGGGGUGGGUGGGUGGAUGGAUGGGCGGCGGCGCUGGGGGUAGGGUCUUUUAUCUGGGCUGCCUCCCUCCAUCUUGUAUCGGCACCCCCUGCUUUCUCCCUUCUGUUCUGAUUCAGUGACUGGAUGGAAUCCUGCCUCCAGAAGGUGGGUCUAGCUUUUUUAUACAGGGAGGCCUUAGUUGAGGGGAGAAGGGCAAGAGAGGCCUCUUCUGUGUGCCUCAGUCUCCCUGACCUUUAUGGUGUGGGGAAAGGAAGGGAUUUUGGGGUAGGCAGGGUCUAGUGUGUCAGGGAAGACUAGGGUGCCUCUGUCCUCCUAGCUGAGGGUUUCUCCCCCUGUGCAGUCAGCCUUUCCCAUGGCCCCGAUUCCUAAGCCAUAGAGCAGGAGAGAUGCCCACCUUCCAGGCUUGCACCCGUCUUUGUUGUUGCUGUUGCCGUAGUCUGCUGCUUUAGCCGUUCAACCCGCCCCCCAAAACUGGCCAGGGUGGGGGUGGGGUUGCGGAAGGAGGCUGGGCACCGGAGGGAGGGGCCUGCUCCAACCCCCUGCGUGCCCACGUGCGUGCCUGUCCUGUGUUUGUUGGUUUGAUUUUUUAAGUGAUGUUGGGAUGAAGGCCCAAAGAAAUUAAAAGAGAAAAAACAAGUUUCUGUGGCAA